GUAAAAUGAUUGACUCUUCUAAUUGUUCAAAUAUUCCUUUUUGCUCCUCUGAUUCCGGCUCUUCCCCCCAUCAACGUCCAACAACACUUUUAGCUGCACAAAAAGGAAGUAGUACAACAACAAGUAUUGCUUCAGCUUGCUCAUCUUCAAUUCCUUCUCCAAACAGAGCUGUUCAACGAAGAAAUGCUUUGGCAGCAGCUGAAGAACAUUUACUUGUUACGGAGGCCCAACAAAAACGUAGAACAGCUAGCAAAACUUCAAUGGCUAAACUUUUUGAUAUUCAAUCUUCCUCUUCUUCCUCUCCAUCAGCAGCAGUUAACAAUAUUCUAGCUUCUUCCUCUUCUUCUGGUGGAAAACAAAAUUUUUCUAAUUUAUAUUCAGAAGCAGCACGUACUCAUAAAUUACAAAGAACUAGACAAGUAGCUAAAUGUGCACAGUGUGAACAUUUAUUACUUUUUGAUGCUUUAAAAUGUCAAUGUUGUGCCUUAGUUUGGCAUCGUAAAUGUUUGCCAAAUGUUCAAAUUCGUUGUGGCCCAAAUAUGAGAAAAUUUGAUGAACAAAAUGACGGGAAAGAUUUAAAUUUGAGAAGAACAAGCAUUUUUGGUGUUCCCUUAAAUAUACAUUUGGGUGAACAGAAAAGACAAAUUCCAUUAAUUUUAGAAAAAUGUUUGGAUGAAUUACAAAGGAGAGGGAUGUGUUGUAAGGGUUUAUAUCGUACAUGUGGUGUUAAAAGUAAAGUUGAAGAAAUUUGUGUUCAAUUUGAACAAAGCACAAAUGAUUUGCCUGUUGAUUUAAGUAAUGUACAUCCUAUGAAUAUUGCUUCCGUAGUUAAACUUUAUUUACGUCGAUUACCAGAACCAUUACUUUCAUAUGAAUUAUAUACAGAAUGGUUAAGUGUUGAAAUAUAUUUAAAAGAGGGAGAAAAUGAAGAAGAAAAUAAUUUAAUUAAAAAUAAAUUAGAAGAAGAUAAAGAAGAAGAAGAAAAUUAUUUAAAAUUAAUUAAUUUAUUAAAACAACUUGUUAAAAAAUUACCAAUUCCAAAUAUGCAAACACUCCGAUUUUUGGCAUUACAUUUAAAUAGAGUUACUUGGUUUGAAUUACAAAAUUUAAUGACUGCGUCAAAUUUAGCAGCAGUUAUUGCCCCUUCACUUCUUUGGCAACGUUUACCUCUCCCUAAUGCUGUUGUUGGAAGAGGAGGGAUUAAUUCUAAUAAUAAUCUUUCUCAAUCAACAAAUAAUAAUCAACAACAACAACAAUUUAUUAGUGACGCCCAUCGUCAAAGCCGUGCAGUAGAAUUAAUUAUUAAAUACGCUUUUGAAAUAUUUGAUGAAGACCGCCGUUUAGAUUGGUGUAGAUUUUUUGCCGAUUAUCCAGGUGUAGCACAACCACAAAGAAGGCAUUCAUUGGCAGCUACGGCUGGGGCUUCUGAUGCUUCUUUGCCUCCACAAUCUGUCAGAAUGGGAAUUAAUAAUUCAAAUAGUGUUUAUCAUUCAACAUUGGAAUCAACAAUAUCUACAAAUAAUGAAGAUGAACAAAUUGAAGGUGAAGAGGAAGAAGAAGAAGGGGAAGAUGAUGAUGAUGAACUUUUAUUAGAUAAUGAAAUGGAAUUAUUAGUUAAUUGCCCAAAUGAUUUAAAUAAUAAACAAAAAAUUAUUUUUGGAAGAAGAAAAUCUUUGGGAACAACAAAUUCAACUAAUAAUAUUACUAAUGAAAAACAAAAAUUAAGUAGAUUGAAAACAUUGGGGACUGUUAUGGGGAAAAGUUUACCACUAGAAGAUACAAAUCCACCAACAACUAACCAACAACAACAAUUUUUUAUUCAAAAUAACAAUUUAAAAUAUCAAUUUCAAUCCCCUUCUACAGCCCCAUCUCAAAGACGUUUAAAUUUCCAAGCACAUAAACAACGCUCAUUUACUACCUCAAUUUUAGUUUCCCCGCUUUCUAUUAGACGAAAUGAAAAUAUUAAUAAUAAUAACAAUUAUUAUUUAAAAAUGAAUAGUGAAAAUUUGGAGAAAAUGGAUAUGAAAAUAAAAAAGAUUGUUUGCCAGAUGAUGGAGUUGGUGGCCAUUUAAGUGUUCGAUUACUUUCAUCAAUGGAUACUGAUGAUGUUAGCUAUGUGUAAAAUGAAGAAAAUAUUUUGCUUUUUAUUAUUAAAAGAACUAUGCAAAUAAAGAAAAACAAAAACGGGUAAUUAAUUAAACAAUAGAAGAAAAAAUAAAUAAGAAAAAAUAUUUUGGUGCUUUAUUUUUAUUAUGUAUUUUUUAAUAAAAAAUUUAAUUAAUGUUUUUUUAAUUUCUUU